CGGCGGGCACUGCGCAUGCGCGCGCCCGAGCCGCGAGUAACGGACUCGAGCUCCCCGGCCGGAAGUGGGCGGCCGCGCGCCGAGGAGCCGGCGGUGGUGUGGCGGCGGCGGCAGCGGGCGGUGGGCUCGCGCUUCCCUCUCGGCGCAAUGGCCUCCCCCGUAGGUCCGCGCCUCCUGGGCUACGCUGCGCUCUGGCUCGCGCUUCUGGGCGCCCCCGCGACCUCGGCGUCCAAGGCGGUGACGGCUCACCUGGCCGCGAAGUGGCCCGACACCCCGCUGCUGCUGGAGGCCAGUGAAUUUAUGGCAGAAGAAAGUAAUGAAAAAUUUUGGCAAUUUUUGGAAACUGUACGAGAAUUAGCAAUUUAUAAGCGAACAGAAUCAGAGUAUUCCUAUUACAACUUAAUCCUGAAGAAAGCUGGACAAUUCUUAGACAAUUUACAUAUCAAUCUCCUAAAGUUUGCUCUGUCUAUAAGGGCAUAUUCCCCAACUAUUCAAAUGUUUCAGCAGAUUGCAGCUGACGAGCGGCCACCAGAUGGUUGUGAUGCAUUUGUGGUUAUUCAUAAGAAGCGCACCUGUAAAAUCAAUGAGGUUAAGAAGCUGCUGAAGAAGGCUACUUCGAGGCCUGAACCCUAUCUGUUCAAAAGAGAUCAUGUAUUUCCCACAAACAAUGUAGAUUUACCAGUGAUUAUCCUCUAUGCAGAACUGGGUACCCGAGCAUUUGGUAAUUUUCACAAGGUAUUAUCUGAAAAGGCUAAAAAAGGGGAAAUUUUGUAUGUUCUUCGCCAUUACAUUCAGAAACCAAGUUCACAGAAAAUGUAUUUAUCUGGCUAUGGUGUGGAGCUAGCCAUUAAGAGCACAGAAUACAAAGCGUUGGAUGACACCCAAGUUAAAACUGUGACUAAUACAACAAUAGAGGAUGAAUUAGCAACAGAUGAAGUACAAGGAUUUCUUUUUGGAAAACUGAAAGAAAUAUAUUCAGAUCUUAGAGACAAUCUGACAGCAUUCCAAAAAUACCUGAUUGAGAGUACCAAAGAAAUGACACCUUUGAAGGUUUGGGAACUACAAGAUCUUAGUUUUCAAGCAGCUUCUCAAAUAAUGUCUACUUCAGUUCAUGAUGCCAUCAAAUUAAUGAAAGACAUUUCACAGAACUUCCCUCUAAAAGCCAGGUCUCUGACCAGAAUUGCUGUAAAUCAACAGAUGAAGAAAGAAAUACAGGAAAAUCAAAAGGAUCUCCGCAGUAGAUUUGACUUUCAUCCUGGUGAAGCCUAUCUAUUUAUAAAUGGGCUUCGUUUUGAAAUGGACACUUUUGAUCCUUUUAGUAUCUUGGAUGUGCUGAAACUGGAAGGAAAAUUGAUGACUGGCCUUCACAAUCUUGGGAUCAGUGAAGAAAAUGUGGACAAGUUUUUAAAAUUGAAUCUGCAUGUUUGGGAAGAUAACUAUGUCAUAGAUAUUAGGCAUCCCUCUAUAAAGUGGAUUAAUGACUUAGAGACUGAUGAAAUGUAUCUGUCAUGGCCUGCAAGUUACCAAGAACUUCUAAAGCCAGCAUUCUCUGGGGUUAUACCUUCCAUAAGGCGCAAUUUUCAUAAUCUGGUUCUCUUUGUUGAUCCUGCUCAGGAGCAUGCCUUGGAGUUUAUAAAACUUGCUGAACUUUUCUAUGAUAAUAAAGUGCCUGUCAGAAUUGGUUUUGUGUUCGUUGUUAGUACAGACGAUGAAGUUGAUGGUACAGAUGAUGCUGGAGUUGCUCUUUGGCGAGCUUUCAGUUACAUCACAGAACAACUUGAUGUGUCACAAGCCUUUACUUCCAUCGUACAGAUGUACGAAAAAGUAAAGAAACAAAGUGUACUCACUGUGGAAAAUGUAAAGGAUGUUCUUCAGCAUAAAUUUCCUCAAGCUGAUAUUUGGGAUAUAUUGGGAAUAGAUUCUAAAUAUGAUGAUGGUAGAAAGGAGGAUGCCAGCUUUUAUAAGAUGACUGGACUGGGUCCUUUGCCUCAAGUUCUUUAUAAUGGUGAGUUAUGUGACAAUGAAGAGCUGAGUAUUGAAGAAAGAGAAUCAGCUAUUCUUCAGAGAAUCUUGGAUACAACAGUAUACUUACAAAGGGAAGUUUUUGUGGGCAUAAUAAAUGAUCGAACAAGUGCAAUUGACUACCUCAUGGAGAAGAAUAAUGUUGUACCUCGCAUAAAUCCCUUGAUUUUGAACUCUGAGCGAGAGUACAUUAAUCUAAUAUCUACCUCAGUCACUGCUGACAUAGAAGAUUCCUCUACUUUCUUUUUCUUGGACUCGCAAGAUAAGAGUGCAGUAGUCGCAGAGAACAUGCAUUACCUAACCCCAGAAGAUGGCAGCAUGAUUUCAGCAGUUUCUAUCUGGAUUGUUGCUGAUUUUGACAAACCAUCUGGGAGAAAACUCCUUCUUAAUGCAUUAGAGCACAUGAAAACAAGUAUUCAUAGUCGAUUGGGGGUUAUUUCUAAUCCUGCAUCAAAAAUAAAUGAAGAGAACACAGUUAUUUCUAGAGGAAUUUUGGCAGCUUUCCUCACACAGAAAAACAGCUUGCUGAGAGAUUUUCUCUGGAAACUGGCAAGGGAAGAAACUGCUGCAGCUCUUUACUCUGGAGACCAAAUGAAGGCUCUGGUUACUGAGGGAAUGGAUAAGAAUGCUUUUGGAAAAAAAUACAACACCAUUGGAGUAAAUAUUUUCCAAACUCACCAGUUGUUCUGUCAAAAUGUACUUAACUUGCGUCCUGGAGAAAUGGGUGUUGUCAGCAAUGGGAGAUUCAUAGGACCAUUACACGAAGAUUUCUAUCCAGAAGAUUUUCACUUGCUGGAAAAGAUUACAUUUACGAAUUCACUACAGAAAAUCAAAGACAUUGUUGAAAAUAUGGGAAUCAACUCCAAGAACAUGAGUGACCUUACUAUGAAAGUUGAUGGCCUUAUCUCCUCUUUGCCUAAACGUGGAUCUCGACAUGAUAUCACACUUCUUAAGGAGAACCACAGUGUUAUAAAAGUAAAUCCACUUGAGAAUGACAUGUUCUUCGACAUAAUUGCUAUUGUUGAUCCAUUGACAAGAGAAGCACAAAAGAUGGCACAGCUGUUGAUUGUACUUGGCAAGAUUAUCAACAUGAAAAUGAGGCUGUUCUUGAACUGUAAGGGUAUGCUUUCAGAAGCCCCUUUAACGAGCUUUUACCGUUUUGUUCUGGAACCAGAACUAAUGCCAGGAACUCAUGAUUUUCUUGGACCAGUGGCUAAAUUCUUGGAUAUCCCCGAGUCACCCCUUUUUACCCUCAACAUGAUUACUCCUGAAGGCUGGUUGGUUGAGAUAGUGCAAAGCAACUGUGACCUCGACAAUAUCUACUUAAAGGAUGUUGAGAGAACUGUUGAAGCAGAAUAUGAACUGGAGUAUCUACUGCUUGAGGGACACUGCUUUGAUGAAGUAACAGAACAGCCUCCUUGGGGCCUGCAGUUCACACUGGGCACUCAAAAUAAGCCUGUGUUAGUGGAUACCAUAGUGAUGGCCAACCUUACGUGCGUUUCUGCUUUCAGGCACAAGGGGGCUGACUCUGACCCAGACCUGACCCACUUGGAAGAUGUCAUUGUUUUGUUAGAUAGCUUCAAAAGCAAAAUACUAGAAAUCCAGGUACAAAAAAAACCAGGCAAAAUGAAGGACGACAUCCUUAGUGAUAAAGUUGAAAAAAAGAAAGGAGUGUGGGAUUCCAUUAAAAGUCUGACAGGAAGGUUGCAUAAGGAAAAGGAAAAAACAGAAACAGAUGUUCUCAACAUUUUUUCAGUUGCUUCUGGCCAUUUGUAUGAACGCUUUUUAAGAAUCAUGAUGCUUUCUGUUUUACGUAACACUAAAACACCAGUGAAAUUUUGGUUUCUAAAAAAUUAUCUCUCCCCAACAUUUAAAGAGGUGAUUCCACACAUGGCUAAGCAGUAUGGGUUCCAGUAUGAACUUGUCCAGUACAAGUGGCCCCGUUGGCUUCAUCAACAGACUGAAAAACAGAGAAUUAUUUGGGGAUACAAAAUCCUUUUCCUUGAUGUCCUUUUUCCUCUAGCAGUGGACAAAAUCAUUUUUGUUGAUGCUGACCAGAUUGUGAGACACGACCUGAAAGAGCUUCGAGAUUUUGAUCUGGGUGGAGCUCCUUACGGCUACACCCCGUUCUGUGACAGCCGCAGCGACAUGGACGGAUACCGCUUCUGGAAGACCGGGUACUGGGCUUCACAUCUUCUGAGAAGGAAAUACCACAUCAGCGCCCUGUACGUAGUGGAUCUGAAGAAGUUCAGGAAAAUUGCUGCAGGUGACAGGCUUCGCGGCCAGUACCAAACUCUCAGUCAAGACCCAAACAGCCUUUCCAACCUCGACCAGGACCUUCCCAAUAAUAUGAUUUACCAAGUAGCCAUUAAGUCCCUUCCUCAGGACUGGCUGUGGUGUGAGACCUGGUGUGACGAUGAAUCCAAACAAAGAGCCAAAACCAUCGAUCUGUGCAAUAAUCCCAAAACUAAAGAACCCAAACUAAAAGCGGCUGCCAGGAUCAUCCCAGAAUGGGUGGAAUAUGACACUGAGAUACGGCAGCUGUUAGACCAACUGAAGGACAAGAAGAAAACUUCAAUUUUGAUUCAUGAUGAACUCUAGCGCCAUCUUGGUAUGGAAAACAGAAGAUGACAGUGUGACAAGCGGUUUCCCGCCUGCUGGGAAGUAUGAAACUACUGCUAAGACUGAGCAUGCUACACAUCAGUGGCAUGCCUUUCAGCUUUAGAAGUGUUACUUAUUUAAAAAUACACGUACUCAGAAAUGCCACAUACAUUUAAAUCCUACAUGAAAGGACCACUUAGUAUUAAAAACGAGAUGGUACUUUUUCCUUAUGCUUGAAACACAGGGUUUCCCCAGUCUGACAGAUCGCCCUGAUUCUCCAGGAGAACCAAUCUUUGGGGUGGGGUGGGGGUGGGGCGCUUGCUUCUCCAGCUUGUGGAUCUCUGUGUGGCCCCGCCCUGCGGCGAUCCAUGGAUUUGUAUUCACAAAAGGCAUUUAAAAUUCCUGAACUCUUGCUUUGUUUUUCCUUCUGGGAAGACCAAGGAACCGUGGUUAUUUCUGAAUUGCAGAUGAAGCCCAUGUACACCGUGACUUCUGUUCUAAGAUGGAAAUAGUGUCCCACUAUGCUCAUUUAUUUAUUUUACACUACAUGAUGUUGCAGGACUGUGCUGUAGUGGUAAAUUUUUUCAGUGUUUCUAUUUUUUUUAUUUCAUAAAAUGGUAUUUGGGGGAUUGUGAUAUAUGUAUGUAUUGUUUUUGGAAAAGGCGGCUGCUUUUAUAGAAACUGAAAGUGCUUUUUUCUUGUUGUGUAUUCCUAAUAAAUUAAUAGAAAAUAAGUG